AUGCCGGCAGGAUGUCACGAUGGACCGCGAUCUGCAACGUCUCCCCGCAAGGUGACGAACAGUCGGCUUCGACUGCAGAAUCGGAGUUUCGGGAAUCUUGCUCUUGAGUCUCAAGUACCGAGCAUGACGACGGAAUCGCUGUUCGACCGGUAUUGGAGCGCGCAACAGCACAACUUGAUCCGAGGCUCGGCUAACGCGCAAAUCUGUAAGACUGUCUUAGCUCGAAGGCGGAGGACCGACCCCCGCGUACAAACACGUUGCCCCCGCAGUCGUCAUUGGCUCUCGAUACUGGAUGUUCGUGCAGCCUUUGCUGCAUUUGCGGAGAUCUCCUCGUCGCGGGAGCGACGUCUGAGAUGCAACACCGCACAGCGCGAGCGAGUCGUCGAUGCCGAAAACGUUAUAUCCAACCUUGGUCGUCAGAUGCCCGCCAUUCGCCUUGCACUGGACCAUAUCGCCCCUCUGUCGCGAGCGUACCUCGCUUGCCCUGAAUCAGCCUUUCAAGACCCUCGCGCUAGACCAGGUCCCAGCCUCGUGGUGGCAGGAACGUUCUCCGUGGAGGCGAACGCGGUCUACGCAUUUGACCGGCAACUCUGUCUCCUCGUCUUCUCCUGCUCAAUGACCUCGGCUCGCGACACGGUACUUUGGCCCCUGGUCCAGUAA